GCUUCCCGAUCGCCAUUCUUUUUCUCUCAGGUUACGCAAUCAAUUCCUUAGCUGCACUUGCUUGAUAAUCAUUCAAAUCUAUUGUGGUCAUUUUUACGUGCCCAAUCUUUUUGUGUAUCAUAAUUAUGGAUACCUGAAUUUCAUAAUUUUAGGGUUUAUUCAUUUUUUUUUUUAAGAAAAUUGAAUUACUGUUUUAUAGGGCUCUGUUGGUUUUGUAAUCUUGGAUUAGAAAUAAAAAGAAAUCCUAAAGGUAACAAGCCAUGGCGGGUGGGAAUUUCAUGCACAGGGUCUUAUCUUAUGUUGUGAAUGAGCUUGUCGUCAAUGGUCUUGCUAACAGUCCUGCAUUCCAGAGAUUUGCAGUGAGGACAUCGAGGAGGAUUGAUGAUAUUUCAAACAUCGCGGCAAAGAAGAAGCAAGAACUUGCUGAGCAGAUGAAAGACCUCUCCAAGAAUAUUGACUCUUUUAAGAACCAGCAGUAGGGUGGAAGUGGAUUUUCAGAUGCGUGACUGUAUGUAGCUGUUUCUGUUCCCAUUGCUCUCAAGUGUCCAUGGAAAUGGCGAUAUGAACCAGUUUUGUUGUUAGCGGAUGGUGCUGCUUAUGAAAUGAACUCUUGGUUUAUCCUUCCAACUUUGUAUAAAGCCAUCUAUUGCAAUGGUGUACGUAAAGGAUUCAUUCUGCUGUUUUGUGUGUUGAGAAACCAAAUAUGCUCUCGCUGUGUAAAAUGAAGUAUCAAUGUCCCAAUAAUGCCUUGCCUACUGGGAUAGAAUUAAAAGAAAAAAGAGAGGAUGUUAUCGAAGUUUGCACAUAGAA